AUGGCAGCUAUUGAAACGCUACGGCCUAUAAUUCACGGUCAAAUCCAUUUAAACUCUUCGAAUUACAAUCCAAAAUACUCAUACAGGUGCACUUCCUUCCGCGAAAGAUUUCGUGUUGUACAUGAAAAGUCGAAUGCUUUUGUAACCAAAUCGUCAUUAUCCAUUCGCCCAGCCAUCAAUUUGUACAGAGAAUCUAGGGUUUCCAAUUUUAAUUCAUGGGGUGGAGGGUUAGGGUUUCUGAAGAUGAAUAAAAGUUGUAGAGGAAGGAAUAAAUUGGGUGUGAAUAAUAGUUCCUGCGAACAUGAUACAGAAUCUUCGGGGCAGAAGAGCGAGAGUGAGAGCAAUAAAGUGAGUAAGAAGAGAGAGAAGGGGGAGAAGAAGGGGAAGGGUGGAUGGGGGUGGGGGUGGGGGAAAGGCGGUGGCAAAUGGAGGUGGCAACCGAUAAUUCAAGCACAAGAAAUCGGUGUGUUGUUGUUGCAGUUAGGGAUUGUUAUGUUUGUCAUGAGAUUGCUUCGGCCAGGUCUUCCAUUGCCAGGGUCGGAGCCUAGGGUUCCGACCACAUUCGUGAGCGUUCCAUACAGUGAUUUCUUGACUAAAGUCAGUACCAAUCAGGUCCAAAAGGUGGAGGUUGAUGGAGUUCAUAUAAUGUUUAAGCUGAAACAAGAACAAGGUACCCCAGAAAGUGACAUUAGUAGUAGUCUAAGUAAAAUGCAGGAUUCAGAGUUGUUGUUGAGGAGCGUGGCACCUACAAAGAGGAUUGUGUACACAACAACCCGCCCUAAUGAUAUCAAGACUCCUUACGAAAAGAUGCUUGAAAAUGAUGUGGAAUUCGGGUCUCCUGAUAAGAGGUCUGGUGGCUUCUUGAACUCUGCUUUGAUAGCAUUGUUUUAUGUAGCUGUGUUGGCAGGGUUACUUUCCAGAUUCCCUGUAAACUUUUCUCAGCAAUCUCCUGGUCAACUUAGAAACCGCAAGUCAAGUGGUUCUGGUGGGUCAAAAGUCAACGACCAAGGGGAAGUUGUUAUGUUUUCUGAUGUUGCUGGUGUUGAUGAGGCCAAAGAGGAGCUUGAGGAAAUUGUAGAAUUUCUAAGAAAUCCAGAUAGAUAUAUACGACUUGGUGCUCGGCCACCUCGUGGUGUCCUUCUGGUUGGUCUUCCUGGGACAGGUAAGACACUUUUAGCAAAAGCUGUAGCAGGGGAAGCUGAAGUCCCAUUCAUAAGCUGUUCAGCAAGUGAGUUUGUAGAGCUUUAUGUUGGCAUGGGAGCUUCACGUGUACGUGAUCUCUUUGCAAGGGCAAAAAAGGAAGCUCCAUCAAUCAUAUUUAUAGACGAGAUUGAUGCUGUGGCCAAGAGUCGCGAUGGCAGAUUCCGAAUUGUCAGUAAUGAUGAAAGAGAACAGACUUUGAAUCAGUUGCUCACUGAGAUGGAUGGUUUUGAUAGUAAUUCUGCUGUGAUUGUUCUUGGAGCAACAAACCGUGCUGAUGUACUGGAUCCGGCCCUUCGUCGACCAGGGAGAUUUGAUCGUGUGGUUAUGGUAGAAACACCGGAUAGGGUUGGAAGACAAGCUAUUUUGAAUGUGCAUGUUUCCAAGAAAGAGCUUCCUCUGGGAGAGGAUGUUGACCUUGCUAAAAUCGCUUCCAUGACCACUGGUUUCACCGGGGCAGACCUUGCUAAUUUAGUAAAUGAAGCAGCUUUGUUGGCAGGGAGACAAAGUAAGCUAGUGGUGGAGAAAAUGGACUUUAUCCAAGCAGUGGAGCGUUCAAUUGCUGGGAUUGAAAAGAAAACAGCCAAGUUACAAGGCACUGAGAAAGCAGUGGUGGCUCGACAUGAAGCUGGUCAUGCAGUUGUAGGCACAGCUGUUUCUAAACUUCUUGCAGGGCAACCACGGGUUGAGAAACUAAGCAUACUACCAAGGUCAGGAGGGGCUUUAGGAUUCACUUACACCCCUCCAACAACAGAGGACAGAUAUUUACUUUUUGUGGAUGAGUUAAGAGGGCGCUUAGUCACCCUUCUUGGAGGACGUGCAGCUGAAGAGAUUAUUUACUCGGGUCGCGUGUCAACAGGGGCACUUGAUGACAUACGCAGGGCUACAGACAUGGCAUACAAAGCUAUUGCUGAAUAUGGUCUAAAUCCCACCAUAGGUCCUAUCUCAUUGUCAACACUUUCAAAUGGAGGAAUGGAUGAUUCCAGUGGAUCAAUGGGUUUCGGAAGGGAUCAGGGGCAUUUAGUGGAUCUUGUUCAAAGAGAAGUUAAGUUAAUGCUUCAAUCAGCACUUGAUGUGGCGCUUUCUGUCAUGCGUGCUAAUCCCACUGUUUUGGAGGGGCUUGGUGCUUAUCUUGAAGAAAAAGAGAAAGUGGAAGGGGAAGAGUUGCAAGAAUGGUUAAAGUUGGUGGUUGCACCGGAAGAACUUGCUGAUUUUGUUAGAGGCACAGAAAAGACGUUUCUGCCCCUACAGUCAUCAGCACCCGAUCUGAAGCAACUACUGUAACACCAAAUGAUACCUAGACAUUCGAAACACGCCCUUCCUCUAUCUGCAACUUUGUAUAUUACAAAAAAGUCAGGUAAUUUAGAUAUAACAUAUACAGUCCCUCAUGUUCAAAUAGUUGCAGAUUUUGGCAUUGGAUUAUGUUGUAGAUUCUUGGAAUUUAUAAAAUUUGUUUUGGGUCAAUUUUUAGCCGAUCCCAACUUGUUUGGGGGUGGAGAAGCUCUUGUUGUAUGUAAACAACUCACAAUUGUAAUAACUAAUAACUUGUAACAAUAAAAUCAAAAGCUCUUAAUGCAUAGAUGAUGUUAGUAAGAGUUACUCUUAAAAGAUUAGGCAGCAACUGAAGAAGAUUAAAGAGAAACUUAUGAGUCUAAAUCAAGCUUAAAGUAAGGUGGUAUGUUAUGUGAUUUAUCUGGACACCAGGAAGGAUCUAAUAUAAGUGUAUAACACAGUGUUAUAUUUCAUUUACACAAAAUGAUGUUACCGUUAUAUGGCAAAUAUAUAUGUUUUAU